CCGGCGGCCGCCAUCGGGCGGGCUGGUCGACCGCCGGUCCUGCCGGUCCUGCCGGUCCUGCCCAUGGCGCGGGUCGGAGCCCUGGCGGUCCUGGCCCUGGCCCUGUGCGCGCCGGGCGGGCGGGGCCGGGCGCCGGAGUGGUACUCGGCCUUGGUGAGCACGGAGUACACGGACCCCCGGACCAACCGCACGGUGCGGAGCGGCGGCGGCGAGGGCUCGGGCCAGGGCGGCCGCUACGGGGACAGCUCGCCCAAGGAGGGCCUGCGGGGCCUGGUGGGCAUCCCGCGCUCCCCGGCCCGCCGCAUGGAGGGCUGCGCCCGGGACACCCACUACUACGUGCCCCCUCUCGGCGGGGCCGCCGAGCCCUGGAUCGCCCUGGUCGCCCGGGGCGGCUGCACCUUCAAGGACAAGGUCCUCAACGCCGCCCGGAGGAACGCCUCGGCCGUGGUCAUCUACAACGAGCUCCGCUACGGCAACGCCACCAGCUCCAUGUCCCACCUCGGGACAGGAAAUACCGUGGUAAUCAUGAUUGGCUAUCCCAAAGGAAUAGAAAUUUUGGAGCCAGUGCGAAGAGGCAUUCCAGUAAAAAUGACCAUAGAAGUCGGCACACGGCAUGUUCCAGAGUUAAUAAGUGGUCAGUCAGUUGUAUUUGUAGCUAUUGCCUUCAUCACAAUGAUGAUCAUAUCGCUAGCGUGGCUGAUAUUUUACUAUAUACAGCGUUUCCUGUAUACUGGAUCACAGUUUGGAAGUCAGAGCUAUAGAAAAGAGACAAAGAAAGCCAUAGGUCGGCUACAACUUCAUACUGUGAAACGUGGAGACAAGGGAAUUGAUAUUGAUACUGAAAACUGUGCAGUAUGCAUUGAAAACUAUAAACCAAAGGAUGUUGUUAGAAUUCUGCCUUGCAAGCACAUUUUUCAUCGGACGUGCAUUGACCCAUGGCUUUUGGAUCACAGAACAUGUCCAAUGUGUAAACUGGAUGUCAUCAAAUCUCUGGGAUUCUGGGGAGGUAUUGAGGACACACAGGAAGUAGCAGUUCCAGAAUCCAACCCUAGUACUGUUUCUGUUGUGAAUUUGAGUAUCACUUUACAAGAUGAAGAUAGAAAUGAAAUAAGUGAUAUGCCGUCAGCAUCUACUUGUGAAUCUCUGCCACAAGGUAUCAGUUUUAAAGAAGAUGCAGGUGAAAGCACAGCAUUACUUGACACUGAGGGGCAUGAAGGUUCACGUGGAGAGCCCGCCUCCUAAUGGGAAUUCCCAAAGAGCAGCUUCACAGAAGAGGCUACGGACUGCACUGGAGACCAUUUUAUUUUUUUAAUCUUAAUACGUGUUUGGAAAAUAAUGGAAAUUCUUACCUUCAGAGUUUUCUUGCUCUUAUGCUAAAAGGGCUAAUGACUAAGAUUUUUAUGGAAAGGAUGUUUUAAUGAGUUUCCACACGUUGACAUACUAAAACUGAAAUAAUAAUGUCAAGAGAAUUUUGUAAUGGCAGAUCAUUAGAGAAAUGACAGGGAAAGCAGUGUAAAUACUAGCGCCAGCAUUUGUAACAAAUACCAGAAUAGUUAUGAAAGUGCAAUAAGAGAUUAAUUAUUUUUAUUAAAAUGGAAUGGAGACGGCCACCUUGCCUGCUGUACUUUGAUGUAUAGCUUGACAGUGGCUUUGUGUGUUAAAUAUAAAUAUGUUGACUAACUACAUAGUCUUUCCCUGGAGGAAAGACUUUAGGUGUUUAGCACAUGUCCAAAGACUAGGUAUUUAGCACAUGCACAAAAAUGAGUUUUCCAACACUAUUGAAUAUACAUGUGCAGCAUAUGUAACUUUUAAAUAGAUGGUUUUUAUUUUGGGGUUUACUACUGAGCUUGGGAAACUCUGAGUCUAAAUUUGCAUUUUCCCCAUGCUUCUUUCCUUUUACAUUAGUGAUCCCUUCUUUUGUCAGGGAAAAUCAAUUCACAUGGAAUAUUUCCACAAAUGUGGGGGGUGGCGGAGGAGAAUGUUGCUUCCUCCCCUCCAACCUCUAAACGCCCCCCCCCCCCCACCCUUUCUGGGUUUUCUGCCUCAUGAAAUCUUAGGCUGGGUUGUGUACAUUGUAGUCACAUAUAUCAAUUUGAUUUUCCUACCUCUGUUUUAAGCUUGGGGGAUGUUUAGGCAACAAAAUAUCAGAUGAAAAUGUUUUCUCUUAGAAGGGAAAAGAUGAAUAAGGAGCACAUUCUUGUGGCUUUUUUCAUUAGACCAAAUUGUACAAUGUUUAAUCUUUUAGGAAAAUAAUUACUUUAAAUGUACACUAUCUAUAGACUUAUUUAAUAGCAUCGUGCCUUAGUUUUUGGAGGACAGCUUAUUAACACUGGUACUGUGUGACUGCUUAAUCUCUACAAGUAUUUUCUGUAGCUGAUGGCAAAAACACAUUUAAGAUGACAUACCCAGCUUAUUGCAAAUUUGUGAGAUUGUCACAUAAAUAGUGCUAGUUAUCCAAAUUGAGCCUUUAUAUGAAUUUAUUUUUUACAAAGCAUCUAAUGAUAAAAAUAUAGUUUAUUGAACUUGGCUUUCAAAUCCUAUGCAUUUUAGAAGAUCCUUUACCGAUAGAGAAACUUAUGCCAGAAUGUUCCAGAAGUAUUCGCUAAGUAUUUUGCUUCCUUGGAACAUCUGCUUCAUUAAAACAAGCAAUAGGUUAUUAAGGUAGUUUUUUACUGUUCCUUAUCUUUUGGGGGGAUACAUUCUUUCCAAGCUUUACAAUCAAAUCGGUGGAAGUUUUCGAUGUGGCCUGGUGGAAAGAGCACAGGCCUAGGAGUCAGAGGACCUUGGUUCUAAUCCUGACUCUGCCACUUUCUACUGUGUAACCAUGGGCAAGUCACUUCUCUGUGCCUCAGUUUCCUCAUCUGUAAAAUCAGGAUUAAAUCCUCCUCUCUCCUACUUAGACUGUGAGCUCCAUAUGGGACGGCGAUUGUGUCCAAUCUGAUUAUCUCGUACCUUCUCCAGUGCUUAAUGAAUACCAUUAUUAUGAUGAUUAUUAUGUCUGUGGAGUAUAUUUCCUUUGCUGUAUGCAUUGUGUAGAAGAGAUUUACUAGUAGUCCUUCCCAGAAUAUCUUUUGUUAGCAGCAGACCUUCAGAGAACAAGAAAUUGCCUGUCCAGGUCACAAUUCAGAAAUAUCAAGAGGAUUGAUCACAAUAACUCAUAGCUCAUUUCCAGGAACAUGGAAGUUGAGGAAUUUCAUUCAACCUUGCUGAGGACACAUUUCAUAUA